UGUAAAGGAGGUUUAAAGCUCUUAGGACGAGAAACUGAAGUUGUUGAGUUGUGACUCCGUCCCUCUGAGGGAUCAGCUUACUCUGCCCCACAGAGAGCUCAACCCUACCACUCUGGCACUAAGCUGAAGACUUAGAGGGAUACAGCACCUCAUACUCUGAAGAAUCUCAGAGGAUUUUUUCCCCCUUCUCCCUCAAGGGCAGGGAGGCACUUUUAUAAAAAAAAAUGGGAGACUAUGAUGAAGAUACUGCAUUCCUCGGACAGACCGGUCCUUACUUCUGGACCACAUUCUUCCUCUUAAACACAGUUUUUGUCUCAACCGGAUUCAAUGGGCUUUACAUUGUCUUUGUUGGAGCAGCACCAAAACACCACUGCCUCAUUCCGGAUGUUAACUUGACCGAGGAGUGGAGGGAUGCCAUCGUUCCCUUCAGGAUAGUGGAUGGCGAAGCUGUGCAGAGCCAGUGCAGCAGGUACAAGUUGGAUGUGGUGAGAAACCUCUCUGCUGAAGGAUAUAUUCCUGGAAGGGAUGUCAACCUCACCAACCUGGAGGAGGAGGGAUGCUUAGAUGGAUGGAACUACAGCAGAGACAUCUACCAAUCCAACAUAGUCACUGAGGUCAGAAUCAAUGUGCAUAUGUGUGUUUUGCAUAAGGUGAGAGUCAUGAAAGUUUUCAGUUUCCCAUUUUCUUUUUGUUUAUGUCAUUUUUACGUCUUUUCACAGUGGGACCUUGUUUGUGACAACAAGUGGAAAGUUCCCUUUGCAUCCUCCACUCUGUUCGUGGGAUACCUGGUAGGAUCCCUAAUCUCAGGGCAGCUCUCUGACAGGUUUGGGAGGAAGAAAGUUGUUUUCAUCUCUCUUGCGGCUCAGUGUGUCGCCGUCCUGCUUCAGUCCUUCUCUCACUCAUGGAGGAUGUUCUGCAUCAUGUUCCUCUUUGUUGGAGCCUCCCAGAUAUCGCUCUAUAUUUCUGCGUUUGUACUUGGGACGGAGGUGUUGAGUAAGACCAUGCGAGUGCUCUUCACAACCCUCGGGGCCUUUCUCUUCUAUUGCAUUGGGUACAUGACACUGCCCUGGAUUGCAUAUGGCAUCAGAGAAUGGAGGACUCUUCUUGCUGUUCUGUCCACAACUUCUGUAGUCUACAUCCCCCUCUGGUGGUUCAUCCCAGAGUCUCCGAGGUGGCUGAUCACUCAGGGAAGAGUGGAGGAGGCCGAGGCCAUAGUGAGAGACGCUGCAAGGAAAAACAAAGUGGAAGCUCCAUCUGUCAUUUUCAAACAAUCUCAGCGACAGGGGAUGCCUCAGUUUAAGACAUACACGAUGCUUGAUAUUCUCAAAUCCAAGAACAUCAGAUGCAUCACACUGAUGUGUCUCCUUUUGUGGAUGGCAAUAAACAUGGGGUAUUUUGGUUUAUCCCUGAACACUUCCAACCUGAGUGGAGAUCCCUUCAUGAACUGUUUUUUAUCGGCCACCACUGAGGUCCCUGCUUACGUUGUUUCCACUUGGCUGCUGAAGAAGUGUCCGCGGAGGGCUCUUCUGUCGUCCUUUCUCGUCAUUGGAGGAGGAGUUCUGCUGCUCAUCCAGUUCAUCCCUGACACUCUCCAUUCGGUUGCUCUGGCUCUGGAGAUGACCGGGAAGUUUGGCUUCACCAUGGCCUUCAGCAUCGUCUACAUCUACACUGCUGAGAUUUACCCCACUGUCCUCAGGAACGUCGGCAUGGGAAUGUGCUCCUCUGCUGCACGCAUUGGCAGCAUCACAGCUCCUUAUGUCAUCUAUUUAGGUACCUAUAAUAAGGUUCUACCUUAUAUCCUCAUGGGAAGUCUCACCAUCGCUGCCUCUGUGGUGAACUUCUUCCUUCCUGAGACCCUCAACAAAGAUCUUCCGGAAACUGUGGAGCAGAUGCAAGAAUGUCAGGGGUGA